AUGAAGUCAGUCCUGCUGCAGACCUUUCCUGUGAUGCUGCUGCUGCUGCUGCUGCUGCUGGGGCUAGGGCUGGGCCUGGGCCUGGGGCUUUGGCUGGCUUCCACAAAGCUAGAGGACGGCCAGGAGUUGCUGAACCAGCUCUGGGACAGUGACUCAUGGGAAGAGGCAGAGACCACAGAGGAUAUAGGAGGCUUCAAAGCUACACAACUGCAGGAGUCUGGCAAGAAUGACAUGCUAUUGGAUGAGGUGAAAAUGUCAUUGGCAGAGGCCAGCGAAAAGGAUGUUACUGGCCAUGCAACACCAGUAACUGAGGAGUUGUUUCAACAGGAGGCUCUAUUCUACUCUAGGCAGCUCAAGAAUGAUGGGGGCUGCGAUGUCAUGAUGGCCCAGAAGUUAUCAGGGCCGAAGGGCACCUGUAAGGAGAAGCAUAUCUUCAUCCAUGAGAGCUCUGACAAAGUCAGAGCCAUCUGUGCCACCCCAAACAUUCCUUGUAAGGAAAAGGGGAAUAACUGUCACCAGAGCAGAGAACCUUUGCAAUUGACUAUCUGCCAACUGAUGUACAACAUGGGCUCUUCCCAUAAGUGCAAAUACCAAAGUGUUCCCGUGACCAUGAACAUAAUCAUCACCUGUGAUGAGAUGAACCCCCGGACUUUCAAAGAACAUGCUUCAUGA